AUGGCAGAGGAAACAGAAAAGACGUCUGGAAUAGAAAAAUUCAAUGGCACAGACUUUGAAUUUCGGAGGAUGCAGAUCGAGUACUACCUCUAUGGGAAGAAGUUGCAUCUACUGCUUUUGGGGGAAAAACCUGAAACUAUGAAAGAUGAUGAAUGGAAUCUUCUUGACAAACGGGUACUGGGAGUUAUCAGAUUAACUCUGUCAAGGUCUGUUACACACAAUGUUGCUUUUUCUUUCAUCCAACAAGAAGAAAUGGCCGAUGCAAUCCUGUAUGGCGUUGCGCAGUCAAUCAUUGAACGGUCGGGAUCCUCCACUAUCCAACAGAUUGGAUCGAUAUGGGGUGUCAAAGCUGAGCUCGAAAAAAUGAAUCACACUGUUUCCACUAUUCAUGCUGUACUUCAUGAUGCAGAGGAGCAGCAGGUCGAGAACCACCAAGUCAAGGACUGGCUCUCGAAGCUCAGAGAUGCAGUUUUUGAUGCUGAUGACUUGUUGAGCGAGUUCUCCACUCAUGUAUUGCGGCAAAGAGUGAUGGACAGUGAUAAAAUGACAAAUAAGGUAAGAAUUUUCUUUUCAAGUUCAAACCAACUUGUUUUUGGUCUUAAGAUGGCUCACAAAAUAAAGGCUAUGAGAAAGAGGCUUGAUGAUAUAGCAAAUGAUAGGAACAACUUCCAGUUGAAGUUGGUAGAUCGUCCUUUAGAGACAUGGGUUGUGACUAGGGGGAGGGACCAAACUCACUCAUUUGUACGUGAAGAAGAAGUUAUUGGGAGAGAGGAUGAUAAGAAGGCCAUUAUAGAUCUAUUGUUAGAUUUUGAUAUGGAAGAGAAUGUUUCGUUCAUAUCCAUAGUGGGAAUGGGAGGGCUAGGGAAAACCACACUUGUUAAAUAUAUAUACAACGAUGAGGAGGUCACGGCUUAUUUUGAGUUAAAGAUGUGGGUGUGUGUUUCUGAUGUCUUUGACGUAAAAGCCAUUGUUGAAAAGAUAAUUGCAUCUGCAACUAAUGAAAGACCUAAAAACCUUGAAAUGGAUCAAUUGCAAAAUGAGCUUCGCAAAAAUCUUAACCAAAAGAAGUACUUACUUGUGAUGGAUGAUGUUUGGAAUGAGGACAAAGAAAUAUGGUGUGUUUUGAGAACACUUUUGCUGGAUGGUUCAAAGGGAAGUAAGGUACUUAUAACUACACGGACCAAGUUAGUUGCAGAUAUUACCAGCACAGUCUCACCAUAUGUUUUAGAAGGCCUAUCAGAGAAUCAAUCUUGGUCAUUAUUUAAGCAAAUGAUAUUGGGAAAAAAGCAAGAGAUUGUCAAUCCUGACCUUGUAGCAAUUGGAAGGGACAUUUUUAAAAAAUGUUGUGGAGUGCCUCUUGCUAUAAGGACAAUAGGAAGACACAAUGAUUUAUCCAAUCAUCAGAAGAAAAUCUACAAUUAG